GACUCGUCUAUUUCCGGCGGCUCUGUCGCGCGGAGAGUGGAGUGGGGGAGGGGGGACUCGGUGACCUUUGAUCCCUGAGGGGCGGGACCUGCAGCGCCCGCCAUGGGGCCGGCGGAGAAGGUGCCGCGCUACGAGGCCUUCGUCAGCGACGUGCUGCAGCGAGACCUGUGCCCCCCCCACCCGGCCGGUGCCCCUCACCCCGUGCUGUGUGGCAGGCGGGUGCAGCAGCAGCGGGAGGAGGUUUACGAGAAGAUCACUCAGCACAUGUGGCUAAAGACGGUCAUUGAGCGUUUGCAGGAGGCGGACGGCCGAGCGGUGCAGACGGAGGUGGAUUUGGGCUAUAACUUCUUUGUCAACGCGGACGUGCCUGACAGCUCCAGGAUCUUCGUGGCCCUCGGCUACGGGUUCUUCGCGGAGCUGACGCUGACGGAGGCGCUGCGCUUCGUGGAGAGGAAAACCAAGUUACUGAUCGAGCUCAGUGAAUCUCUCACCAAGGACUCGGCCAAAAUAAAGGCCAAUAUCCGGAUGGUCUUGGAGGGCCUGCGGGAGCUCCAAGGCUUCCAGGACCUGCCUGAGGACCCCAGAUGAGACCUCGCCCUCUAGGACCCCCACCCCCGGGUCUCUGCUCAAUGAGGUGGGGGCAGGGAAUCCCAGGGGGGCACUAGGGGAAUCCUCGCCCCCUCCUGCUGUGUUUACCUGUUCCAUGGGGGCCAGGACUCCUGGGUUCUCUCCCUGGUUCUGUUCCCCACCUCCCCAGCCAGUCCAACCUCUCGUGCUGCCUCAGUUUCCCCUGCUGUCCCUGGCUGCAGCAUCCUGUCAUCUCAUUUCAACUGUGAAAAUAAAGACUCCGACUAGGGUC